AUGAGUACCGGUUCCAGUGUCGAUGGUAGGGCAUCACCCUUGACCGUUACAAAGGUGGCGGAAUGGAACACUGGUAUAAUCAACUCCAUCUCAACUGUUUCGAGUCGCGCUGGGUUUGAUUACUCCGAAAACGAUCAGGACAAGAGGAGGGAAAGAAUGCAAGAGCAGAUCAAUAACUGCGUCACCUCUAAACAAAUCAGAGUUUUGAUGAUGCCAAACGUUACCCGAGCGCCUUUGAAGGAAAUCGCAAGAAAGUUUAUAAAAGACGUUGUAAGAUACGAUAUUGAAAUGGAUCCUUUCCCACUUACUUGGUUAAGGCACGCUGGCAAUUAUGGUGACUUCACGUCUUUCCGAGCUGAAAUGACCUAUUCGUUCUGGGAACAUUUUUUGUCUAAAGGAAGUAAAAAUUUACUUGAAUUCAAUCGUAAAAAUAACACGAAUGUCAAAUUGCUGAGAGGAAAAACGAUGAAGCAUACUGAUCUCGAAAACUUAGGAUUGUACCUACGGCAAAAAAUUCGAAAGGAGUUAUUGUCAACGCACGCAGCUUUGCCUGAAAUAGUAGUGAAAGGCCCAUAUGUCAUGAUAAAGGACCGGGCAAACGCCAACUCUUUGAAAUUUAAGUCCACAGUUCUCGCUAUUCAGCUUGGUUGGGAUUACCGUGACUGGAAUGGAACACCAAUUAAGUUUUUGCUGAAUAAUGCUGAACUGCAAAAUUAUGAGAAUGGUAUCCUAAAAUGGGGAGUUUUAAAACUGGAAUCUCUAAACUCUUUAGCCACUAAAAGGAAUGAUGAGAAUUCGCAUACGGAGGUAACUCGUACCAUCCCCCGGAAAAGGGAUCUUCAAGAUGGAGCCUCUACCUCUUCUACCAAAAGAACGAAGGGUGGCAAUUGA